GUACGCAUCGCACAGCUGGUGCAGUACUUCUUCUACAAGAACGUCUGCUUCAUGACUCCACAGUUUCUCUUCCAAUUCUACUGCGGAUUCUCUCACCAGACGCUCUAUGACAGCUCCUACCUCACCAUCUACAAUCUGUGCUUCACCUCGCUGCCCAUCCUGGCCUACGGCCUGCUGGAGCAGCAGCGCAGCAUGGCCCAGCUGGAGAGGCGACCCGCCCUCUACAGGACUAUCAGGCGCAACGCCCUCCUGUCCCGCCGCCCCUUUGUGUGCUGGACGCUGCUGGGGCUGCUCCACGCGUUCCUCUUCUUCUUCGGCUCCGUCGCCCUCCUGGGAGACGGCGUGGCCCUCAAGUCCAACGGGGAGGUGUUUGGACACUGGGAGCUGGGCACCUUGGUGUUCACUGUCCUGGUGGUGACCGUCAACCUGAAGCUGGCGCUGGACACUCGCUACUGGACGUGGGUGAACCACUUCGUCACGUGGGGGACGCUGAUCUUCUACGUCGCCUUCUCGCUCUUCUACGGCGGCGUGCACUGGCCGCUGCUUAAGGCACAGGGCAUGCGGGGCGUGUUUGCCGAGCUGCUGUCCAGCCUCUCGCUGUGGCUGGGCACGGUGCUGCUGGUCACCGCUUGCCUCGUGCCGGACGUCUUCCGCUCAGUCGCAGGGGGACACGCGUGGCCAGCGGGCGCCCAGGGGCUCUGCGUGGAGUGGUGUGAGAGGUCACGGGGGUCACGGGUCAGACUCAGGGAGGAUGACGACCAGCCAUUCUACGUUCCCUCCCCAGCCACAUGAUGAGUGGGACGCUGGCGAGGCUGCGGCCGUGGCGGUGGAGGCGGUGGAGGCGGUGGAGGCGGU